AUGGCACCCGCGCUCACGGUCGACACGCCCUCCUCUGCUCCGCUGGCCGAGUUCUUCUGGAUAGCCGGCGUCGAUGGCUCGGAGAUCCUGGACAUAUACUCGAAGCUCGGAGAGGAGUACAAAGCUUCCCGGUCGCCUGCGCCGCCGGUCACAGAUACCAUCGAGGAGGACGCAGACGCAGAGGUCGAGGAAGAGUACCAGCCGACAGGCACCUCGCCGGCCGUCUCGAACAGAAACUCCAUCCAGUUCCCCAAGACGGGCGACGAGGCGCGCCUUUCCUUUCGAUCCUCCUCCUUUGAGCCGGUGUCGUCCUCGAGCUCUGCAGAGCCCCAUAGCAACAGAAGCAGCUUGACCAUCAAAGCUACUCCCAGCACAAACGGAAGCAGCAUAGGAAGCUCGUUUCUCAGCGAGGCCGACUUCGACGAUGCCCUCCGCAAGUUUGCCUCUGAGAGAGACACCUUCUUGACGGACCUGACCCUCAGUGCCGGGGCCGUGGUGCCAAACAGGCCCAAGCCUCGACCGAGGACGCAGAAGAUCGUCGCCGAAGAUGUCAAUUCGUUGAAGUCUAGCAUUGGAACUGUUCGAAGGCACAUGUCGUUCAGAGACAUGAGCAGCAUGAAGAGACAGCCCUCCAUUGCACGGCAGUUCAUUCCAGUACCGCAGCCGCUCGAGAUGCCCUCAAACAUGCACCCUCUUAAGCGGAAAUUUGAACCCGUCCUCCUCGACAGAUAUCCGCCCAAGGGUUCCCCAGACGAAAUCCAGCGGAGAGGGAAGUUCCCCGACUACAUCCCCAUGUUUGCCUUCCCCAACGACAUAAAUAUCGUCUCCUCCGACCAGCGGCCACGGUCAACCUGGCACGGCUUUGCAAUGACUGGUGGCGAUGGGUCUAAGCUCUACGGAGUCUGCGUGACCGUCUGGAUUCCCUUGAAUCACAGUGCCGCAGACGAACUAGAAAAGAGAUGUGAAGAAUGGAGGAGGGAUAACAUGACCAACGAGGAGAGAGAGCUGGCCGCCAGUCUAGGCGAGCGGCUCGGCCUCGAACGUGCUAAACUUUCUCGGCUGCUAGCCCAGCUUCCUACCGUCCCCUCUGGGUCUACCUCCCGAGAGAACCUUGAGGAUGAAAUAAGCGCAGUCGAGGAGAAGAUUGGGUUGAUGGCCGACCUUUUGCGCCCCGUUCGCCACGGUGCUGCCUCUAAGAUCGAUGGUUUAACCGAUGGAGAUACCGGGUUUUGGAUACCUCGGGCCUACGGAAUUCUUGGAAAGGAUGCCUCCAUGGUGACGUUUUGGAAAGAAUGGCUCAAAGCUGUCACUGUGCCCAUGAUGGAUGGCGCUAUCCUCAGGGUUCCUCCCACUUCUCCCAGAGUAGGAAGAUGGCAGCCACUCGAAAGAUACGUGGUAAACCUGUGCAUGGAAGCCUUCAGCCCCAUAUCUUCCAAAACACAGGUGGAACUCUCAAUCCGCGAGUUGCGGCUCUUUGCUAGAAAGGAGGCUCUCAAUGAACUUCCCGGAUCUCGAAACACUGAUCUAUACCCCCUAUUUCGUGCUCUCUCAGUCUCAAAUAUUAUCAUCUUAUUCGAGUAUGCACUCGCCGAAUCAAGAAUAAUAUUCCUAUCAUCUCACAUCUCUAUGUUAAACCUCGCAAGUAAAGCACUGAUAGAACUCCUGUUUCCCUUCCAGUGGACUGGUGUCUUUAUACCUAUUCUUCCUGCUCGGCUUAUUCAAGCCAUUGAAGCGCCUUGCCCUUAUAUCGUCGGUAUCGAAAGACGAUAUGAAAACAUUGAAUUCCCAGCAGACGACUUUGUCCUGGUUGACCUUGACCAAGAUCUCAUCGAGAGCACAUCUCGUCCCACCCCCCUUCCUCGCCACCAACGCCGAAAGCUCCAAUCCUUGCUGCAAGCGGCUGCUCCCCUUCACCACCGCUACGGUGUCAGUGCUGGUCCGCCUGCAUAUGCCAUGGAGACCUUCCCCUAUGACUGUGUCCCCGCCGAGGUCCCAUCAAUAUACACUCCAAAAGCACCCCCUACGAACUUACCAAAAUUCGUGGCUUUGAACUCUGCCUCUUUUGGACAGCAAUCAUCCGUUAACCCUGCUCCUAUCUACAAUACCUUCCUGUGCUCUAAAGGUGAUGCUUCUCCCUCAAGAGGCAAUGAGCGGCCCUCUACCAGCUCUACGUCAAGGAACAGCAACCCGUCGUCGCCGAGAACUGCUUCACCAACUUCCAUCAAAUUCCCGCACCCAUCUACCCCGAUAUCUCGGAACGAUUCUGGAUUUGCAUUGCAGGCCUCCCUUCGUGAAAAACGAUCGGGCCACUUUGACCAGGCUUCCCGCAGGAGUUCGUCACUAGCUAUCGACCGACGACAGAUACCCAGGAGGCCUAGUGUUCCCUUCCUUGGCCACUCUUCAAAUCUCUCGGUUACUACAUUGAAUACCGAUGCUGGAACCUCCGUAUAUGCACCGUCGAUAUAUGCACAGUCCACCAUUGCCGCAUCAACAAUAAUGCCUCAAUAUUUCCAACCUUUACGAAAUCCAGCUGGAUCCACUAUGAUAGAAGGUCACUGUUUGCAGUUAUUGCGGCCCGUGGAUGAAAGAUCGACAUGUGACAUUUGUGAUGAAAGAGCGGACGAGGCAACUUAUAAGUGCGCCGGUUGCACAACUAUUGUACAUCACCGUUGCGCUGGCCAAAUUUGUCUAGUGUGCCCUGUGGCGUUCCACCCGGAUCAGAUCCGCGCUGCGUUUGUACGAUGCUUUGCUAGCUUGCUGUAUACUUACAAGAAAUUCCUCCGACCUGCCACUGGAGACAAGAAGAAGAGCGGGUUGACUUAUGAUUUCCAAAUGGAAGCUUUCCUCAAGAGUUUACCGCACGAACAUGCAGCGUACAUGACUGUCCUGCAGCAAACUCAAGGCUUCAACGAAUUCAUCAGUGAACGGGAACGGGCAAAGCAAAAGUCGAAGGACCCACGGAUUAUCCUGUUUGAUGAAAUUGUGUUAUCUAAGCGCAACCGCGGGCGCUCGACUUUCUUCUCCGGACGUAUGACAACCGACUUCCUCAGUGAUACUUCCAAUCAUCUCUGGCGAUCAGCAAGUGCUUCCUCCUUUUCGCCAACCACACGAAAGGAGAUACCAACUUCCUUGGAUUGGAAGUCUGUCGUUACUAGAGUGCCGGCAAAAUUGGAUCCAAAUUUUAUGAAAGAACCACGAAUGAUACAAGGAGCACCUCGAAUGUCUUCGACUGUUAAUAAUGCAAGACGAAAACCCGUUGGAAGUAAUUGA